GAUGAUGUUGAUGCUGUAGCCUCUGUACAACCCUGAGGGAGAGAACCCGUACCUGGACCUAUUCAAGCAAUGUUCAUUUUCUUCUAACUUGUGAUGGUGACCAAGCUGUCAAGUCAAUGGGCACCCACGGUGAUGCCGUUGGUGCUACGCCGGUAUUAAUUAUGCGCAAGCAGCGAUGGGCGCUUGCUAUAGCUGUGAUGGUAGUUGCUGUGCAAAUGCUUGGUGUUCCAGCAGCUGCGAGGCAACUGCCGGGGGGGAGGGGGAAUGGCCCGGCGAGAAGUGGCCGCUCAUGGCGAGUUGCAGAGGUACGGGAUUGUGAAGGUGCGAACCUGGCGCAUGUCAUUACCAGGCCUAGCGUAGUCUUGAAUUCUGUGUGCUCCUUCCUCCAGUGUGUCAGCGAUGGUUACCAAUUAGGCACAACAAGGAAACCUUGCUUCCAAUUUCUUCCCUCCAAUGCCAAUGUUGACAUUGGAGGCCAAGUGGGUCAGCGGAUAUGUGGGUCGGCAGCGGAGGUGUGGGUCCCAUCUCACUGCUGCUGUGAUGGUGGUAGAGGCCUACCACAUAGGGGAAAUGCGGAUGGCAAGCAGCAUCAAAACCAGAAGACGACAAGAUCACGGCUGCUGCAGUUGCUGACUGGAAUGGUUGCUGAUCCUACAAUAAGGACGAGGACGAGGUUGUUCACUCGCUUUAGUUUCGAGAAACAUCUUGGUGAUUUCUGUCUUCUUUGUCCUCAUCCGAGGCCUUCGCUGAGGAAACUCAGCAGUGAUCCUGGGAACGGAAGGGCAUCGCCUUUGCGCCGGUUGCUUGGAGACUUACGUCGUGGAGGAAUUCACGAUCAGAUCUUCAGCACUUCUCCUCCUCCAAGCUUGUUGCCGCAACCAGCCACUGCUUCCUCUUCAUCUAAAGGUGUCCCUGGUCAGGUACCUCUGGUUUUGCCCGCUGGUGGAGCGGCAAGGGGCCGUCUGAGGCACAUCCUUGACCCACAAGAACGGGAUGAAGUUGCGUCCAUUAUGUCGUAUGUGAAAUCUAUGUCGUACGAGUACAAGUACACAUUCAUGAAUAGAGAGGGAGACACAAUUGACUGUGUGGCCAUCCAAGACCAGCCAUCUCUGCGCCAUUCUGUUUUGCAGGGUCACACAGUCAUUGAUCUCGAGCCUCAGAAUGCUCCUCCGCUGGGAUGGUCACUGUAUCCUCAUAUUCCACCAGGUUCAGGCUCCACGCCGUCUUUGCUUCCACUCUGGCCGCCGAGAGCUGGGGGUGACCAUGAUGCACAGGCAAGCAUGGCCAGCGGCGCAAUCAGAAAUGAGACUGCCGCUGGAAGUAUCAAUGAGACACAGGCGACUGCAACAGACGAAGGUGAGCCUCCUGAAAGCGAAGAUCAAAGUGUGGAUGCAGCAGCUUCCUGUCCCGAGGGCACGAUCCCUGUCCGGAGGAUGACAGUGGCGGAAGUGCUGAGGCUGAAGUCUCUGCGUAACUUCCGGCAGAAGUAUGGGCCGCUGGAUGCACGCGAGGGCCCCUUGGGUGCUGGUGAUUCGCAUCGAGCAAGAAUGGGUCCAAGCCCCUCUCCCGGUCUAGUCUUCUCGUCCAACAGACGAGGACACGCCCGCCGCACUGCACAUGUGCAGCAGAGUUCUUCUCCUCACCAGCCCCGCUCCAUGGAUGCAGCGGUCAGUGGGGAGGGGAAAGGGCACCAUGAGUAUGCCACCGUCCAGCGGUACGGCCAGAGAAACAUAGGCGCAAAAGUUGUGCUUAAUCUGUGGCAACCAAAUGUCGAGGGAGACUCAGAGUUCAGCCUAUCACAGAUGUGGGUGACAUCAGGGUCAUACGACAGCGGCACGUUGAACACGAUGGAAGUUGGGUGGCAGGUUUUUCCUGCCAAGUACGGUGACCGUGAAGUGCGGUUGUUCAUAUACCACACUCGUGACGCAUACAAGGAAACAGGAUGCUAUAACCUGGACUGCACUGGAUUUGUGCAGACAAACAAGAACAUAGUUCUUGGGGGGCCAGUGGGGAGUACAUCAGAGCCAAAGGGUAAACAAAAGGAGAUAGCUGUAAUGUGGUGGCUUGAGCCGGAGACAGGGAAAUGGUGGUUGCAGGUUGGAAAACAGUGGGUGGGUUAUUUUCCCCGCGAUUGGUUUAGUACCCUGGAGGGUGGGGCUGAUCACAUUGGGUUCGGCGGUGAGGUUGUUGACCUGGAAUUGCUUGGCAGGCAUACAUCCACAGAGAUGGGAAGCGGUGUGUUCCCGCGCGGCAAGGAUUCCUUUGGCAAAGUGGCCUAUCAGCGGAACCUGGAGUACAUCGACAUGAAUAACGCUUACAAAAGUAUAUCCAGUGUCAGCGAAAUCAUCACGAAUAGGGCGUGCUACGAGUUGGAGACAUUCAAGGACAACUCCGAUUGGGGUUUUCACUUCUUCUUUGGGGGCCCCGGUUACACCAAGAACGGAACAUGUAAGUAGUUGGUAGCUAGUAAGGAGGACGGUUCAUUUGCUGUAUGUAUGUAUGUUUGGCUCAUGUUGCCCUUCCGAUGCCCACUUGUAAC